AUGCUUACCCAUUCACAGCAAAAAGGGAUUAAACUCAAAAAAGAAGGCCAAAUCGUCUUCAGCCGGUCUCGGUCUCUGAUCUUCCCGUCUUCACUUUAUUCCCCGCCACCGCGUGUGCGAGUGACCGCCGCUGUUGAGCGUCGUUGUCGCUGCGACACACGUGUUCUAGCCUAUACCAUAUCGCCGCCCGUCCUUUCGCGCGUCGCUACUAGCGUCGCGUGUCGCCCAGUCGCCGUCGUAGCCGAAUCGCUUCUACCACCACCACUACCGUGCAACUGGUCAUCACCUGAAGAGAUAGCACGCCGAGUCGGCUUCAAUCGUCACAUACCACCCUAA